CGUACGUUUCAGUAACUUUUAUGACAAGUUUUCAAAGCUAUAGAAAAUCGAAAUAACUUCAGUACCGAUUUUCUCCAAUGUUUCCGGCGAGUUACCGACCUGUUUCUUGAAGAACUCCUUUUUCUUUAAUUAACUUAAAGGCAUCAACUAAAUUUCAAUAGUUUUGAAUUUCCGAAUGAAAAAGAUUCGCCGUAAUUCAAUUUCAAAUCAUCAUGGAUUAAUUAAUAAAUCAAUACAGCUAUUUUGAAACAUUAAGAUAUGAGACUUUGCCGUUCGUUUUGUAGGAUUAAAUCCAUCACACGAGACGACAAAAAGAUUGAAUGUAUGCUCAUUUCUAUAUGGUUUCUAGUACUAGUUUUUGCUCUCGUAGCAAUAGUCUGUCUGAACCGACGGAACGCGAUAAGACGAACGCGCCCGAUGAAGAACAGCAAUCUCGAGAUUCUCGACCACUAUGAAAAUCCGGAAGAAGAAAAUCCUGUUGUAAUAACCAGUAUCUUGUAUGAAACUGGACAUAAUAUGCCAUUUAACGACGUAUGUCCACGGCAAGGUGAGGGAAUGAAGUUGAUGAUUUUGGUGACGUCUGCUGCUGGUCACGCAUCGCAACGUAACACAGUACGUUCCACUUGGGGAAGUGUUGCUUUUCGACGAGACAUUGGCUUAGCUUUCAUGCUUGGCAUUUCUAAAAACAGUUCGAUAAAUGAACAAAUUGAACGAGAGAACCUCCUCUACGGUGAUAUAAUUCAGGGUAUGUUCGUCGACACGUAUAACAACCUAACACUGAAAACGAUAUCCGCACUGGAAUGGAGUUGGACUUACUGCAGUCGUGUCAAAUACGUGUUGAAGACGGACGAUGAUGUCUACAUUCACAUGCCGGUGUUAUUAGCUAUUCUGGACGAGGUCGUCGAUCGCCGUAGAACUAUCCUGGGUCAUUUGGCAAAGAGCUGGAAACCGUUUCGUGACAUUCAUUCCCCGUACUACGUUUCCAAAACUCGAUACAAAGAGAACAAGUAUCCUAACUUCCAUACGGGACCCGCUUACGUCUUGACUAGCGAUAUCGUCGAACAUCUUUAUCGAGCUGCCUUAAAUGAAACUUUUUUCAAACUGGAGGAUAUUUUCAUCACUGGGAUGAUAGCGAAUAAUCUGCCUAACAUAGAGCACCAUCACUAUCCCCAGUUUUUGAACAGUCGUCCAAAAUAUGAUGAAAUUCGUAAUACUUGCGCUAUGGCUAAACUAGCAGCAGUGCACAUGCUCAGGAAAGAGGAGAUCUUUGAUCUAUGGAGAAGGUUGUCUGAUGGGCAAUCCGAUUGCUAUAAGCACUGAUGCAUAAAUAAAUUACACGUGAAUUUGUUAGUUAAAUUUAUUUUUGCUACCUAUAGGAAAAUUCAAUGUAUUACUUUAGCGGGUACUUUAGUUGGUUUUGUGUAGACAACGUUCUCGCUGUAACUGAUAAAAUGCGAAAAAAACUAAGAGUAUGAACUAUGAACCGUGGAGUAGAAUUUUAUUGAACCGGCCUGCGGCCUGCUCGAUGCAAAAUACGGGAUACAUCAAUACAUCAUACAACAUGUGCUAUGGCUAAGUUUGCAACAGUCCAUGGAAUCAAGGAAGAUGAGAUGUUCGAUCUGUGGAAGCGAUUAUCUCAUGGACUAUCUAAUUGCUAAUCGUUGAAUUAUAUAAAGGAAAUACAUUAACAUGA